AACAGAACACAACAACAAAACCGACCGCCGCUUUGACCUGUGCAUGCCCCCGCUCUUGGGCCUCGUUAGCCACCUUCUGCUCAACUUUGUUUCAUAUUUGAUCUAACAGCCAAUUAGACAGAGCAUCCCCUGUCCCUCUCAAACUCUACCUCAUCUUCUCUUCUUCCCACCCCACCCAACCCAACCCCCACCAUAUUCAGGACUCCCAAUCACCAAAUUCCGCUUUAACCCAAUCAUAACACUAACAGGGAUAUAUUCCUCCAUCCUCGUCAAUACUCUCGUCUACACGCAAGGCAAAAUCCAAUAUCGGUCGAGAGAGUACCCUCUCCCGUUGGUCCAAGCAGGCUUGUCCCCCCUAUUUAGUAAGGCGCCCUCUCGUUACGUGGUGGAGGUUAGUUUUUAGUGCAUAUUAAUUCACCAUAUUUUAGACUUUUAUUAGUCUCUCUCUCUUUUUACAUUUUUUUUUUAAACAAAAAGAUGAAAGCUAGGAGUUUCCACAUCAAAUGGGCCAACUGCCAUCCGAUUCCCCCACCCCCAGCCAAGCCUGUUUUCAUAAUUAUAUUUGCUUAGACGGUCCAACUCCAAAUGAAACUCCUCUCAUACGAUUCCCACGUCAUGACUUGUAUUCAGUUUCCACUCUAAUUCCAUGAUCUCAUGCAAAUGCCCAAAUACACAUCUACCCUUCUAGUUUCUACUUUCUAGUCUAGUCUUCUACUGCUAAUUGGGAACUUUUCCUUAAACCUCUCCUUCUCGUCCCCCAACCCUCCCCCAGCACAAAAACACCACAUAUAUGUAGAUAUAUAUAUAUAUAUAUAUAUAUAUAUAUAUAUAACUUCUUCACGCAUAUUCAGAAAUGAAAGAAACCUCAAUCAUAGCAUUUGUCCCCAGAUACUUCUUUCUCACUCUCCUCCUUUCCAUACCUUUCCUUCUUUUUCUCUCUUAUCGUUCUUCCACCACCACCAAACACUCAGAACGAUUCUCCUCAGAAACGAGCUCGGGCCUAAAAAUCCGACCCGGAUACAAGACGUACGAGUCCUACAUCCAGCGCCAGCUCAACAAGACCCUCAAUCCGAAGCUUCGAGAAAUAUGGAGUACCCGGGACUGGGACAGGAAAAUCCAAGUCUUUACCCGUUUCUUCGGCGAGCUGAAGCAGAGGAAGUUGCUUUCUAAUGAUUCCAAAGCGCUGAGCAUCGGGGCCCGGAUGGGUCAAGAAGUGGAGGCGUUGAGACGGGUAGGAGUAUCCGACUCGCUAGGGAUGGACCUGGUCCCAGCUCCACCGCUAGUUGUGGAGGGUGACUUUCAUAACCAGCCGUUUGAGGAUGGGACUUUUGACUUUGAGUUCUCCAACGUGUUUGAUCACGCGCUUUAUCCGGAGAAGUUCGUGAGGGAGAUCGAACGGACGCUGAAGCCCGGCGGAGUUUGUGUUUUACACGUGUCGGUAAAUAAAAGGGCUGAUAAGUACUCGGCUAAUGAUUUGUACAGCGUGGAGCCGUUGAAGAAACUGUUCAAACGCUCCGAUUUGGUUCACGUUCGGACUGUUGACGGAUUCGGAUUGGACACAGAGGUGGCCUUCAGGAAAAAGAAGGCCAUCUAAGAGUCUUGAAUUUUCUUAAAGGAUUUUUUUUUCUUUUUCGUUUUAUUGUUAUUAUUAUUAUUUUUUUUUUUUGGCAUUGCCUCCAUAAUUUGAUACGCAAAUAUAUUUUUUAAAAGUUGUAAUGGACGUCCAAACUCCAAACAAAUUUUACUGGAACUUAAAACACCCAUAAACAAUAAUGGAACCAUUCAUUUAUUGUUUCGAGUUUGUAUUUCAAAUGUUUAAUUUGUGCAUAAAGAAUAAGAAGAAAUGGAGUUCAAUUGUA